GAGAUAUCGUUUUUAUUUUUAAACCAAUUUAACUUACACCCUCGUCGAGCAUCCACUGACUAAGUCGCCUUACCGAGCCCUGGGCCUGGAUACUACCUACGUACUACCAUUCCCACCCCCACUCAGACACUGGCCUCUUAAGCUCCGGUUUCCCCAAGUCCUCUGGUACGCAUAAUGCCUGCUGGUAGAUCAACUGGAUCUAGUCGUGAAGAUGACACGCAGUCUUUGACUGCCAGUGUAACGGAUUACCCCAUGGAAUAUGGAAGACGAUACCACAAAUAUCAUGAGGGCUCAUAUUUAUAUCCCAACGACGAGCAAGAGCUAGACCGGAUGGACAUGCAACACCACAUGCUCAAAUUGGUCAACCGCGGGCGGCUGCUCUUUGCCUCUCCCCUAAGCCCAAAGAAAAUCUUAGAUGUCGGCACCGGUUCUGGUAUAUGGCCUAUAGAACUAGGUAAGCGAAAGAAAAAGAAUCCUCUCCCCCCCCCAUCCUCUCCAGCUCAUCCUACCGGACAGUUUCUCAUCGUGUCUCCAUCACAUGUAGCGUCUGAAUUUCCAGCAGCCGAGAUUAUAGGAACCGAUCUUUCGCCUGUACAACCGAACGAAGUCCCCGAGAACGUCCAUUUCCUAGUCGAUGACGUUACAGAGGACGAAUGGCUAUGGGGCCCCAAUCACUUCGACGUCAUUCAUGCCGGUCACCUUUCAGGUGCCUUGCCAUCAUAUAAAGACUUGUUACGGAAAGUCUUCAAGCAUCUCAAGCCUGGCGGUAGUGUUCAGUGCGACGAAUUUGACCCGAAGCCGAAAUGCGAUGACGGAACCAUGCCAGAAGAGGACCCCGAUAAGUUCAGCGAAUAUGCCCUUCAAGACCUGAUGGAUUUACACCAUCGUGCCGGUCAGGCAUCAGACCCGCCCCGACAGUUUCGAGUAGCUCAUCGACUGGCACGCUGGAUGAGAGAAGUGGGAUUCGAGGACGUUCAGGAACGGGUACAAAAAGUACCCGUGAACCCUUGGUCUACCGACUCUCAUCUGAGAACUAUUGGUUCGUGGAACGAGACAAACCUGCUGGAAGCCGCAGCUGGUUGGUCUUACAAGCCACUCACGAUUCUUGGCUGGUCGAAGCCCGAGAUCGAAGUCUUCCUGGUCGAUGUUCGAAAAUCUAUCCAAAACCGUGAUGUCCACGCCUAUUUGGACUAUUAUGUGGUAACAGGAAGAAAACCACAUUCUGCUUAGCGAGGGAGCCCUUGAAGGGUUUCACCACGAAGUUUACGGCUUCGAGAGAAAAGCACCACAAAACAGACAACGCUCCUUUCGGAUUAUCGUUCCUUAGCGUCCAUACCUGCCUUUUGGCCUUCACUUCAUAUUUUAUUUUUCAUCAUCAUCGGGCCUGUCCUCAUUUUCAUACUUCCCGUUUUCCUUGUGUGUUGGCGAGCAUUGGCAUAAGAUACCAUCGACUACAGAGAAACAUUAUAUAUGCAUGGAAGGCGUGCAGGGGCCUCCUUUUAUUUUCCUACAUUCUAUUUCGCUUUCUCUUCUUGCACAUAUAAUACAAAUUCAUAAAUUUACCGACAUG